GAGCGGUGUGUAUUGUAAAGUUGAGCCACUGCCCAACGAAUCUAACCAUGGACAGCAUCUCAGGCAUCAUUCCUCACGGUGUGUGGGUUUUCUUUUGUCUUGGCAGUUUGGUAACCCUUAUUCGACAUCCAUCUGAGUUGAUGAAUGUUCCUCUUCAUCAGCAACAAAACAAAUGUACAACAUUAGUGAAAAAUAAAACAGCUGCUGCGACUACUGCUUUGCAGUUCACGUACCCACUGUUUACGACAAAUGCUUGCUCUACUGGUGGAAAUUCUAAUCUUUCACAAACGCAGAGUUCUGGUAACUCAUGUUCUAUACUUGAAGCUGCCAAGCACCAGGAUAUUGGAUUGCCUAGAGCAUUUUCUUUCUGUUAUCAGCAAGAAAUUGAAUCUACUAAACAGACCUUAGGUAGUAGGAACAAAGCUUUGCCGGAGCAGGUUUGGAUCAAAGUGGGAGAAGAAGCGCUAUGUAAACAAGCAAUAAAUAAGAGGAAUCGGAGUAGAAUACGUCAGUUGGACACAAACGUAGAACGAAGAGCCCUUGGAGAGAUUCAGAAUGUGGGCGAAGGCUCCACAGCCGCACAGGGGGCUUGGCAGUCCUCGGAGUCCUCACAGUCGAACCUGGGGGAGCAGGCCCAGAGCGGGCCCCAGGGAGGAAGGUCACAGCGUAGGGAGAGGCAUAACCGAAUGGAGAGAGAUAGAAGGCGCAGAAUCCGCAUUUGUUGUGAUGAGUUGAAUCUUUUAGUCCCAUUCUGCAAUGCCGAGACUGAUAAGGCAACCACUCUGCAGUGGACCACAGCAUUCCUGAAGUAUAUUCAGGAAAGACAUGGAGAUUCUCUUAAAAAGGAAUUUGAGAGUGUAUUUUGCGGUAAAACUGGCAGAAGGCUAAAGCUGACCAGACCAGACUCCUUGGUGACCUGCCCUACACAGGGGAGUCUACAGAGUAGCCCCGCGAUGGAGAUCAAGUGAUCGGACUGAACUGCAAUCCCUCGAAAUCUAAACCUGUUCUCUGCAAUCCUGGAACUCCGCUCUGAUAGUCUGACUCGAGAGGGACACACCUCAAGUUGAUGGGACUCCAGUAAGGACUUUGAGAGCACAUUUUGUAAAAAUAUUUAUCUAGAACAAAAUAUUUAUCCACUAAUGUCCUCUUAGACCAUUUGGGGAUAACGACAUCUUGAUAAUUAGUAAUUUUUCAAUUAUCUGUCUGAUUCCAUCAUGUUUU